AUGGGAGCUGGACUUCAUGAGGAGUUUAAUACUUUGAUUCCUAAGAAGAUGAAUGUUGUGGGAUGGAAAUAUCCUCCUCCAGAUUGGAUGCAAUUAAAUGUAGAUGGAUGGAUUUGUACUUCAGUUCUUACUGAAUUAUGGACGGUGAUUACAGGGCUAGAGUUGGCUUGGUAUUUGGGCUUUCACAAGAUUAUUUUGGAAUCUGAUUUCUUGGUUGUGGUGGGUAUGCUCCUGAAACAGUCCAUGAAAGCUGAUGUUAACUUUGCCUUGAUUAACAGAGCUCGUGAAGCUCUAAGUAGAGAUUUGGUAGAACAAGUACAAUAUUCUUGCAGGGAGGCGAAUGUUGCUACUGAUUAG